CGUCCACUCUGUCAGACCUGGGUCUGUUCUCUACUAAGACCCUGGUGGAGGCUAACCCAGACCACCUGGUGGAGGUCCGGACCCAGCUGUCUCAGCCCACCGAUGAGAACUGGGACCUGAGCGGCACCAGGAAGAUGUGGCGCUGCCAGAGCAGCCAGUCACACACCACCAUCGCCAAGUACGCCCAAUACCAGGCGUCGUCCUUCCAGGAAUCACUACGGGAGGAGAAGAAGAUGGAGCUGGAAGCAGAGGCAGCCAACGCAGAGAGUGCGCCGUGGCGGAAGAAAGGGCCCUUCAAACACAUCAAGUUUGGCACCAACAUCGACCUGUCUGACGAUAGGAAGUGGAAACUGCAUCUGCAGGAGCUCAGUAAGCUGCCUGCGUUCGCCAGGGUGGUGUCUGCUGGCAACCUGCUCAGCCACGUAGGACACACCAUCCUGGGCAUGAACACUGUCCAGCUCUACAUGAAGGUCCCUGGGAGCCGCACGCCUGGUCACCAAGAGAACAACAGCUUCUGUUCCGUGAACAUCAACAUCGGCCCGGGGGACUGUGAGUGGUUCUCUGUGCCCCAGCCUUACUGGGGAAUCAUCAACCACUUCUGUGAAAAGAACAACAUCAACUUCCUGAUGGGUUCAUGGUGGCCCAACCUGGAGGACCUGUACGAGGCAGAUGUCCCUGUGUACCGCUUCAUCCAGCGCCCCGGAGACCUGGUGUGGCUCAACACGGGCACCGUCCACUGGGUCCAGGCCAUCGGCUGGUGCAACAACAUCGCCUGGAACGUAGGACCCCUCACGGCCUACCAGUAUAAGCUGGCAGCAGAGCGAUAUGAAUGGAAUAAGCUGCAGAGCGUCAAGUCCAUUGUUCCCAUGAUACACCUCUCCUGGAACAUGGCCAGGAACAUCAAAGUGUCCGACAGCAAGCUCUUCCAGAUGAUCAAGUACUGUCUUCUGCGGACAUUGAAGCAGUGUCAGAUGGUGCGGGAGCUACUGCAGGCGUCAGGCAAGGAGCUGGUGUGGCACGGCAGGACCAGGGACGAGCCCGCACACUACUGCAGCAUCUGUGAGGUGGAGGUGUUUGCACUACUGUUUGUAACCAGUGAGAGUAACAGCAGGAAGACGUACGUGGUGCACUGUCAGGACUGUGCCCGUAGGGGGAGCUCUAACCUGGACAGAUUUGUGGUGCUGGAGCAGUACAAGAUGGACGACCUCACACAGGUCUACGACCAGUUCACACUCGCUCCUCCUCUGCCAUCAUUGUCUUGACAGUAACAUUCUGUUGUUCUGAGGACAAUAAGAAUCCAUGCUGGACUCCCAGAACCCACCGGAAGCCCCUUUUCUGAUAUUCAGGAAGUGAGCCAGCAGUCCUCCACUGCUUUUUGUAGAUAUUCCACAAGGCAGCUGGGUGAAAAGCUGUGUGUCUAUGCAACCUGCCCAGAGUGGUGAGGUGUCUCCUCCUAGAGGACUGGAGGGGGAGGGCAUUACUCCUGCCUCCACCACCAGCCGUGGUGGAAAAAGUACCCCAUUGUCAUACUUGAGUAGAAGUAAAGAUACCUUAAUAGAAAAUGACUCAAGUAAAAG